AUGCCUUCCGUUUACAAGCUCACCUCGCUUCUUCCAUUACUCUUGUCAAUUGCGACAACAUGUCAUGCACGAACCUGUCCCCCAGUUUGGACAAAGGUUGCAGCAGACCUCAAAGAAUCCUUCACCGGUUGCCCUGCCGAGGCGAGACAGGCAAUGCGCGCCGCUUUCCAUGACUGUUUUCCCGGGUCAUGCGACGGCUCUUUAAUUUUGGCCAACGAAUGCCUCGACAGGGAGGAAAAUGCUCAGAUUCAACCAAUCUGUGAACUGUUGGGCCAAAAGGCGAUUGACUACGGUGUCAGCACUGCUGAUAUGAUACAAGCAGCGGCAGCCUUUGGCGUUGCUGCUUGCGCGGGUCCCAAAAUUCAUUUCUUUGUUGGUCGUAAAGAUUCCACUAAGCCCAACGCCGAGGGGACGCUGCCGACACAAGACUCAGACGCUGCAACCCAAAUCAAAGCCUUCAAGAAGAAAGGCUUUACAUCGACGGAUCUUGUGGCUCUUGUAGGGGCACAUAGUGCAGGCGUGAGCAUGCAGGAGUUGUCUUUCGAUUCGACACCCGAGACCUUGGACAGCACCGUAUUCUAUCCUGAGACAUCCCGCGAGGAGACGCCCACCUCUCUGGGUAGCGACUUUGCUCUCAGCAAUUCUAGUGAAACCAAAAACAUUUGGAAGGGUUUUGGUACGAGCCAGACACGGUGGAACACCGCAUUCAAGCUAGCCAUGGCAAAGAUGAGCAUUAUGGGUAAUGACUUGGGUAAACUUACCGACUGCUCAAAAUUGUUGAAAUAA